AUGCUUACAAAGCUCGAAGAUCCUUUACAUCCUUUAUUAGGUCCAACACUUAAAGGUUUAGGGGCUUGGGGUAUGUGGCAAGCGGAAAGAGGCAUAAAAAAAGUCUUCUACAAUAUUGUCCACAUUCUUGCGACCCUUUUCGUAAUUAGCCAAUACGUCGAACUGUGGUUUAUUCGGUCUAAAUUAGAUUUGGCUUUACGAAAUUUGUCUAUAUCGAUGCUCAGUACCGUGUGCGUUGUUAAAGCUGGAACUUUCGUAUAUUGGCAGAACGAUUGGAGGAAUGUAAUUAACUUCGUAUCUUUGACGGAGUUGAGUCAAUCGAAAGACAAGUCAACGAAGCAUAUAAGCCGGGAAUAUAGGAAGUAUUCGAGACUUGUGACGUAUUUCUAUUGGUCUUUAGUUGCCGCUACCGUUUUUACUGUGAUUUUAGCACCGUUAGUGAGUUUCCUCUCGUCUCCGAUGUAUAGAGAACGAAUAAUUAAUGGAAGUGCGCCGUAUCCAGAGAUAAUGAGCUCCUGGGCUCCCUUUGAUAAGUCGAGAGGACUAGGCUAUGUGAUAAUGGUUAUCGAGCAUACAUUGAUCUGUUUCUAUGGAGGCGGUAUUGUUGCAACUUAUGAUUCUAAUUCCGUUGCUUUGAUGACGUUUUUUUCGGGUCAACUUGAGAUUUUAAAAGUGAAAUGUAAUAUGUUAUUUGGAGACGGAAUGAAUGUUGUAAGCUAUGAAGAAGCUGUGUCAAAUAUCAAGAAGUGUCAUUAUCAUCAUAUCAAUUUAGUCAAGUAUUCCAAAUUAUUGGACUCCCUCCUAUCUCCAGUAAUGUUUCUAUACGUCAUCAUUUGUUCACUUAUGAUUUGUGCGAGUGCAGUUCAAUUAACAACGGAAGGCACCACAACUGUACAACGAAUAUGGAUUGCGGAAUAUUUAAUGGCUUUGAUUGCUCAGCUGUUUUUGUAUUGCUGGCAUAGCAAUACUGUUUUAUAUAGAAGUUUGAAAUUAGAUGACGGUGUAUACGGAAGUGCUUGGUGGUCUCAUGGUGUGAAGAUAAGACGCUGUGUUUUAUUGCUUGGAGGGCAAUUGAAUAAAACAAUCGUGUUUACCGCUGGUCCAUUUACAAGACUAACACUUUCAACAUUCGUCACGAUACUGAAAGGCUCCUACAGCUACUAUACCCUAUUAAACUCCAAAGAAGAUUAA